AGGCUUUCCGCCUCGUUUUUUUUGUCGCAGUCUGCCUGAAGUAUCCAGGCACGGAGGCAGGAGUAACGCAACUGAAUUAUUAAAUUAGUAAACAAAUAAAAAUAAAAUAACAAUGGCUCUUGAGUCGCGGAUCACACAGGAGGAAAUAAAGAAAGAACCAGAGAAGCCCAUCGACAGAGAAAAGACGUGCCCCCUUCUGCUGCGAGUUUUCACCACUAACAGUGGGAGACACCACAGAGUCGAUGAAUUUGCUCGAGGAAAUGUUCCUUCCAGCGAACUGCAGAUAUACACAUGGAUGGAUGCUACACUGAAAGAGCUGACUAGCUUGGUGAAGGAAGUGUAUCCAGAGGCCAGGAAAAAAGGCACCUACUUUAGCUUUGCCAUUGUCUACCCAGAUCCCAGAGGGAAAAUGUACAAGCUGAAAGAGAUCGGCAGUACCGUGUCCGGCAGAAAAGGUGCAGAUGACUCCAUGACGCUGCAGUCUCAGCGCUUCCAGAUUGGAGACUACCUGGAUAUAGCUAUCACACCCCCCAACAGAGCACCGCCCCUGAGCACACGCAUGAGGCCAUUCUGAACAUAAACACAUAAACCAACACCUUCUGUUUUUUUGUGUCUUCUUUUCAUCAUCUUGGAUGGUUUUGACUCAUUUUUUUAAAAAAUGUGAUCUGUAAUAAAAUUGUCAUUUUUUUCCAAA